AAACUCGCUACCGCCCUCAAGCCUUCGUUUAUCGGACACUGGCACUGAACGAAGUCGAAGUCAAGAAAGGCUCGGAGACGACCGUGCGGUCAGCCGUGUAACAGGAAUAAAACCAUCGUCGACGGCGAAUUUACAUUCAGUCCGUCUCGACAGUUCCUACGACAUGGAACAAGAGUUUGCCAAGUGACUUUUCUACUGCCAAGUGACUUUGUUUGCUAGUUGUUUAGUGCACGCGCUCCAUUUUUCAAACAGGAAGUGCAUUAUCCUUUUCUCAAAAAUGACUACAAAAUCGAUACCCGAAUGGUUUGCCAAUAAAAACGUUCUCGUCACUGGGGGCACUGGAUUCAUGGGAAAAGUUCUAAUUUCCAAAUUGUUACUAAGUUGCCCCGACAUUGGAGACAUCUUUUUAAUAAUCAGGAAGAAGAAAAGUUAUGAUUCGCAUGCAAGGCUGCAGCUCAUACUGCAGCAAGAGCCAUUUAGGAUUCUUAGAGAACAGUAUCCGGAACGACUGAAGAAACUGAUAGUUAUACAUGGUGAUAUAAUCGUCGAAGAACUCGCUUUAUCCGUCGCGGAUAAGGAUCGCCUCACAAAUAAUGUUUCCGUCAUCUUUCAUAUGGCCGCUAAUGUCAGGUUCGACAUGCCAUUGAAAACCGCCAUCAAGAUGAACACCAUGAGCGCUGCAAACGUCAUAACGUUAGCAAAACAGAUGCCUCUACUGGAAUCUUUUAUUCAUAUUUCGACGUCUUUUUGUCAAUGUGGCGAGCCCGUAUUGGAAGAACGAGCUUACCCAUCUAGCAUCUCGCCAGAAACUAUCAUUAACUUAGUCAAUACGAUGACGGAUGAUGUCCUGGAGUCGAUGAGACUGAAAUUAUUGGGCGAGCAACCGAACACGUACGCCUACAGUAAGGCACUCAGCGAGGAAUUGGUGUCAAAGUGCGGACUACCCGUAGGAAUCAUACGUCCGUCGAUAGUGACAGCGUCUUAUAAAGAGCCUGUGCCCGGCUGGGUGGACAACAUGAAUGGCCCGACCGGAUUAAUGAUCGGCGCGGGCAAAGGGGUGAUACGAUCCAUGCUUUGCAAAUCAAAUUACAUGGCCGAUGUAAUGCCCUGCGAUAUGGCCGUAAAUGCGACGAUCGCUCUGGCUUGGCAAGUCGGAACGAUGAAAUCCCCCGAGCCAAAGUUUCUGAAUGCCACGACGAACAUGGAGAACCGAAUUUCUUGGGGUGACGUAUUAGAAACCGGGAGAAAACACGUAUUUCAAAACCCCUUCUCGCAACCGCUCUGGUAUCCCGGUGGAGGAAUGACCUCCUCCAAAAUUGUACACUGGCUUGCCGUUUUAUUCUUUCACAUUAUACCUGCCUAUCUGUUAGAUAUUCUACUCAUUAUCACUGGAAACAAACCCUUUAUGGUGCGAGUACAAAAUAGAGUAAACAACGGAUUAGAAUUGCUUCAAUACUAUACCAUGAAGGAGUGGGUCUUCCGUAAUGACAACCUGCGCGAUUUGCAGCAUCAGUUAUGCCCCACCGAUAAAAAAAUAUUUUUCAUGGAUACGAAGGUUAUUCAUUGGAACGAAUAUAUAUUAGCGUACGUCUUGGGUACGAGGCAAUAUUUUCUAAAGGACGAUCCUUCGACACUACCACGAGCGAGACGAGUCUUUACGUACUUGUACUACGCCGAUCGUCUGUUGAAAUUAAUAUUCGGGAUUUUCCUUAUUUGGAUAAUGUACAACUGGACGAUCUCCGCUAAGCCCAUUAUAGCGAUGCUAGUCCAGUCAACUGAAGAAGUGUAGAAUAUAAAACUUGCUUAAUCCUUUGCUUGGACUCCUACAGAGUGAUAAUGCGUUUCACGUAAUUCUUCAAACAUUCAAAUCUGCAAUUAUAUUAAUUAACCUCUAAUUUUGGAAUUUUCGUAAAUUCCUUCGAACAGGAAAUAUUUUUUUAUUCGUGGAUUAGCCAAUUAGAUGAAUUCGAGAAAGAGAAACUUGAUCUUCGCUCACUCGUGAGAAAUAAUUUGAAUUACUCAGGACUAAAAGUGAAAUUAAUUAUACUUGAUAUAAUUAAACGUAGUUAUGCGAAAAAAUCAAUCUUUGUACCUUCAGAUAUCUGUACUACAAAAUGUUUCUAAACAGAUAUAAUAUCUUCAGUGAAAAAUAAUUACCGUAUCUCAUAUUUUUAAUUUUU